UUUAUUCUCUAUAUUACACCUGUUCUCAUGAUUAAAAAAAAAGCUAAGUGUUAUUUCCCUCAGUUACAGAAAGAGAGAAAACCACAGACACUCAGAGAGGAAGAGGGUGGGCUUUUCUAAGUUUGAAAAAGAACAACAGUUUAUGACAACUCAGUAAGUGAGACAAUGAAGGAUGCGUCUCUACGAUGUCUGCUCUCACUGACUUUGUUGCUGUGCUGCACAUCCACCAAAGUGCUGAUCCUCUCAGCUCGUCUGACUGUGAGUCCCAGCAGCUCUCAGAUGUUUGUUGGAGAGUCUGUCUCUCUGAGCUGUGAGGAGGACGACAGCUCUGCUGGAUGGAGGCUGUGGAGGAGGACAACCAAUAAAACCAGAGCUGAGUGUGGAGCUGGGUGGGGAAGAUCAUCUGGUUCUUCCUGUAUCAUCAGCUACACCCUCCCAGGGGACAGUGGAGUUUACUGGUGUGAGUCCAGAGAGGGAGCAACCAGUAACAUCAUCAGCAUCACUGUCACUGGUGGAUCAGUGAUCCUGCAGAGUCCUGUCCUCCCUGUGAUGGAGGGACAUGAUGUCACUCUGCACUGUAAAACAAAGACCACUCCCUCCAACCUCCCAGCUGCUUUCUAUAAAGAUGGCUCCCUCAUCAGGACUGAGCCUACAGGUCACAUGACCAUCCACCAUGUUACCAAGUCUGAUGAAGGCCUCUACAAGUGUAACAUCAGCAGUGAUGGAGAGUCUCCACCCAGCUGGAUCACUGUCACAGAAAAACCCUCCACUACACCUGGACCUACACUCACCUCCUCCUCCAACUCUUCUUUCCCUGUGUUGCUGCCUGUUGUCUCUCUCUGUGCUCUGGUUGCUCUGGUGUCACUGGUUCUACUGGUGAAACUAUGUGUUCGGAAGAAACCUAAAGCUGAUGAAGAAGAUGAAGAACAUGACAUCACAGAUGACAUCACAUACAGUGACAUCAAAAUAUUACGUCACCGAGAACAGCCAAUCAGAUGGAGCAGAGAGAGUGAUCCAGCUGCAGUCUACUCAGCAGUGAGAACAGAAGACGUCACUUAUGGACAAAUAGUCAUCAAAGACAAAAAGUCAAAGACGAGAAAGACGAGAGAGAGUGAUCCAGCUGCAGUCUACUCAGCAGUGAAAAGACCAGAAAACGUCGGUUAUGGACAAAAAGCCAACAGGACCAGAGUUUUCUGUGUCACCUGUGUCUCAUUAGUUCCUGUUCCUGUGAGCUUCUUGUGUUUGGUCCCUGUCUCUGCCUGUUUGACAUGUGUUUGGACUUUCUGCCUGUUUGUUGGACUUUGUUCCUGCUCCCUCGCCAUCCUCAUGUCCACCAGAACCAGAGGUGGUCUACUCUUCACUGAGGUAGACCUUCACUCCUUCACACCGGUCCACCCACUGACGUCCUCCUGCUGACUGCUGACUGUAACUGCUCACCACAGCCUCUCACACCAAACUACACUCAUUUUAUAUGUUGUGUGUCUUGUUCUCACUAAAUUAACCUCAUGCAGCUACAGAGACAAACAACAAGUCCACAUAGUUCUCAGUGUUUCAGAUCAGUGAUCAGCUCCAACAUGUUACUAUUCUCAUUUCUAUGUUCCUGUUUACCAGAAUCUGAUGAUAGCUGCCAUUAGUUUAGUGGUUAAUGAAGUCAUGAACUUUACUGUUAUUUCUAAUCUUUGUGUUUUUGGAGCCUGCUCUUGUUCCUGCAGCAGUGAUCUGGUUUCUCUGCAGGAUCAAUAAACUUUAGUCUCAUUA